AAAAAAUCACUUUGCUAACGAGUUGUCCUUUAGCCAUCCGACAAGAACACCUAUAUCCAGGUGGGUACAGCAGAGAGUCAGGCACCUCAGCUCUAUUACGGGGACAUAGAGAUGGAAGAUACCGAUGUGAUUCUUCCUACUGCUCAGCCGCAACCCACUCCUGCCCCGGUUCAGGCACCCGCUCCUGUUCCGGUUCAAGCACCCGCUCUGCAGCAGGUGAAGGUCGUUCCGCAGCUAGUGAAAGUCGCUCCUCCCGCCCAACAAGCGACUUCAUUCAUUCUGGACGAGAGUUCCCAAGACGAAAGAGAGCUCCCAGUAGGCUCCGAGAUCAAGCGUGAGAAGAAGGGCCUCAUAUCCAUGAUUGAAAGGUACAAUGCGAUGGCAAGAAAAGCUGGCUUCAAGGAAGCCUGGUUGUCGGACAUGGACCUCGAGGAGAAGCUGGCCUCCAUAGUCGAGACGCCGUUUUUCAACUCGCACCGGAACGACGAGGGGGCGUACAAGCAGGCGCUGACCCAGCACCUGGCCUGGAUGCAGAAGUUAAGUCACAGCGAAUGGGUCGGGUACGCGGCGAGGCAGUUGGGUCCAUGGCUCGACGACGACGACGAAGAUGAUCUCUAGUCGGCAGAAUCGACCGACGAGUACUGAAAAGCAUGGGGGC